GCUCAUGUUGUUGUCUCUUAUGUUUUACAGCAGGGUCAGUUCACCAACCCAGAGACGCCAGGGUAUGUGGGCUUUGCCAACCUGCCCAACCAGGUGCACCGCAAGUCGGUCAAAAAGGGCUUUGAGUUCACCCUUAUGGUAGUCGGUGAGUGUCACAAUAUUUGUCUGGUGUUUUUGUAUUGAGAGUGUUGUAACGUUCGUAUGCAGUAUCUAGCCGUAGUUCCCCUAGUUGGAUAUCAGACAGAACGUUUCACCAGUUGUUUGAGCUUUGCACAAACCACUUUGUGUCUUUGCUUGUCGUGAGUGUCAGCCAUUUUCUUGCUGCAGUUCUUUACUCACUUCAGUAGAGAUGAUGAGUUUUGACCUUCAAAGGGGAAUGUGUGGCAAAAUGAUAAUGUUCACACAGCUUUGUCAAAUCAUAAGCAUCUUAGGAAUGUGACAACAACAGUAAGCAAUGCAUAUUAAUAGGGUUGUCACGAUACCAGUAUUACAAUACUAUGAUACCAGAUUUUCCAUGGCAAAAAAAUAAAAACAGGAAUUAGACUAACCUCUAUGGUCCUAUAAAAACCCACUUGAUGUAAAAUUGUGAGUGAUAUAGCUAGCAAAAUAAACAAAUGUGACUCUAGGUGGCAACAUAAUGCUGUUUGUUUCUAAUAUUGGGACUGUUUUCGUCAAGAAAUUAAUGUUCCACUUCAUGUUUUGUUUCCUUGCCACGAUACUUCGGAAUAUCGCGAUACUGGUAUCAUGACAACCCAGUAUGCAUUUCCUUUUUCCUCGAUUAAUUUUGAGUGGGAGGAUAGCUUUUUUUCUUUGCUAAACAUACAAUAUAUUUUUAACAGAAAUUUAACAAACUGGUAUUAUGCCUAGUUUGUGCUAAGCAUUUAGGCUAUCACUUCAUGCUGUCGACAGAAUGGAAUGUGACUUCUUUGACCAUAAGUCCGGACAGUUGUUAUCUAGUUGACAAAUGCAGACGUUUCAUUUCCCAUAGCCUCUCCUCACCAUUCACAUUUUCCACCCUCCCCACAAAUCCGCCAGUAACCACUGUUGCAAAUCGCUUCACUUCCUUUUAGAGUUUUUAUGUGACUGUAUGUAUGUCCGGCAUACGUGUGUGCCAGAGUGUUUGUGUCUGAGAGAGUGGGAUAUGUGUAGGAUCAUGUCAGAGGCCCGGUUUAGGUCACUGUUGUGAGUCCAGCUUCAGACAGUCUCUAUGUAAACGGAUGGAGGCUGGGCGUAUCUGCGUCCUCUGGUUUAGCUGUGUGAAAUGGUUGUCCUUUCUCUCUUCUUCCUCCAUGUCUGUGUGGGGGAGGAGGGGGGCCCUAUUGUAUACUCAUCCCUCUGCCUUAAAAUAAACCAGAGUGGAAUGUGUGCCCGAGGGGCAGCUCAGCACUGGACAGGCCUCUGCUCUUGCUGCUAAAUAGAAUAAGUAUGAAUAAAAACCACACAAGAACUACGAUGAGAGUUAAAUAAACACUAGAAUGCAAGUAUAUACAGUACCAAUCAAAAGUUUGGACACACCUACUCAUUCAAGGGUUUUUCUUUAUUUGUACUAUUUUCUACAUUGUAGAAUAAUAGUGAAGACAAUAAAACUAUGAAUUAACACAUAUGGAAUCAUGUAGUAACCAAUAAAAGUGUUAAACAAAUCAAAAUAUAUUUUAUAUUUGAGAUUCUUCAAAUAGCCACCCUUUGCCUUGAUGACAGCUUUGCACACUCUUGGCAUUCUCUCAACCAGCUUCACGAGGAAUGCUUUUCCAACAGUCUUGAAGGAGUUCCCACAUAUGCUGAGCACUUAUUGGCUGCUUUUCCUUCACUCUGUGGUCCAACUCAUCCCAAACCAUCUCAAUUGGGUUGAGGUUGGGGGAUUGUGGAGGGCAGGUCAUCUGAUGCAGCACUCCAUUACUAUCCUUCUUGGUCAAAUAGCCCUUACGCAGCCUGGAGGAGUGUUGGGUCAUUUACCUGUUGAAAACCAAUGAUUGUCCCACUAAGCCCAAACCAGAUGGGAUGGCGUAUCGCUGCAGAAUGCUGUGGUAGCCAUGCUGGUUAAGUGUGCCUUGAAUUCUAAAUAAAUCACAGACGGUGUCACCAGCAAAGCACCAUCACACCUCCUCCUCCAUGCUUCACGGUGGGUACCACACAUGCAGAGAUCAUCCGUUCACCUACACUGUGUCUCACAAAGACACAGCGGGUGGAGCCAAAAAUCUCCAAUUUGGACUACCGGUCUAAUGUCCAUUGCUCGUGUUUCUUGGCCCAAGCAAGUCUUUUCUUCUUAUUGGUGUCCUUUAGUAGUGGUUUCUUUGCAGCAAUUCGACCAUGAAGGCCUGAUUCACGCAGUCUCCUCUGAGCAGUUGAUGUUGAGAUGUGUCUGUUACUUGAACUCUGUGAAGCACUUAUUUCGGCUGCAAUUUCUGAGGCUGGUAACUCUAAUGAACUUAUCCUCUGCAGCAGAGGCAACUCUGGGUCUUCCUUUCCUGUGGCGGUUCUUAUGAGAGGCACUUUCAUCAUAGCGCUUGAUGGUUUUUGCGACUGCACUUGAAGAAAGUUCUUGAAAUGUUCCGCAUUGACUGACCUUCUGUCUUAAAGUAAUGAUGGACUGUCAUUUCUAUUUGCUUAUUUGAGCUGUUCUUGCCAUAAUAUGGACUUGGUCUUUUACCAAAUAGGGCUAUCUUCUGUAUACCACCCCCCUACCUUGUCACAACACAACUGACUGGCUCAAACGCAUUAAGAAGGAAAUAAAUUCCACAAAUUAACUUUUAAGAAGGCACACCCGUUAAUUGAAAUGUAUUCCAGGUGACUACCUCAUGAAUCUGGUUGAGAGAAUUCCAAUAGUGUGCAAAGCUGUCGUCAAGGCAAAGGGUGGCUACUUUGAAGAAUCUCAAAUAUGAAAAACAUUUUGAUUUGUUUAACACUACUUUGGUUACUACAUGAUUCCAUAUGUGUUAUUUCAUAGUUUUGAUGUCUUCACCAUUAUUCUACAAUGUACUUUUUUUUUUUUUUAUAAAGAAAAACCCUGGAAUGAGUUGGUGUGUCCAAACUGCUGACUGGUACUGUACAUUGCAGUGCCAGAACCUUAUUCAAUGUGUAGGAGUACUGGAGUGGUUGAGGAAUAUAUACAUAUGUAUGGUAAUAUAAUAAUGGUAAUAUACAGGGCGUUCUGAAAGUAUUCAGACCCCUUGACUUUUUCCACAUUUUGUUACGUUACAGCCUUUAUUAAAUUGUUCUUAGGGACCCUCAAUGCUGCAGAGUUUUUUUGGUACCCUUCCCCAGAUCUGUGCCUCGACACAAUCCUGUCUCGGAGCUCUACAAUUCCUUCGACCUCAUGGCUUGGUUUAUGCUCUGACAUGCACUGUCAACUGUGGGACCUAUAUAGACAGACAGGUGUGUGCCUUUCCAAAUCAUGUCCAAUCAAUUUAAUUUACCACAGGUGGACUCCAAUCAAGUUGUAGAAACAUCUCAAGGAUGAUCGAUGGAAACAGAAUGCCCCUGAGCUCAAAUUCGAGUCUCAUAUUAAAGAGUCUGAAUACUUAUGUAAAUAAGGUAUUUCUGUUUUUUAUUUAAAAAUUUGCAAAACAAAAGUCUCAAACAAUCUCUCUAGCCCUUCAUCAUGACUCUCAGUUCCACUACAUUACACAUAAAAGUCAUUGGGCGAUGGCGUCUUGUGUAGGAAGGAGUUUUGUUACAUUAACACGCAAUGCUUGCGGUACGGUUUUGCAUAAGAACCUUAUCUUUUAAUAUCGGCGAGAAAUGAUUGUCUAUAAACAAAAUGUUAAAUUGCUACACACCUUUUUAUAGGGUUAGGGUUCCCACACGGCCAUGUUACAGCACUAGUUUAUGUAAAACAGAUGGAAGACCGAGUGGACUACCUGUGCUAAUUAGCUAUCUGUGUAAACAGAAGACAGACUCCAGAAAUAUGUUGUCACCUGAAAAAUACUGUCAGCUACAACUGUCUUAACUGGUUAAAACAGUGAACUAGAAGUGUGUAUUUUGCGUUGAAAUUAAUUUGAUGUGAUAUAAAAGUAAAGGGAUUUAAGUAUCUAGAACCGUACCGCAAUUGAGAAUCGAUUCACGUUUAGAUGGAGUAUUUGGCUGUUUUGGCUUCCAGAGCCAAUUCACCCUUUUAAACAGAAUAUGUAUGGUCUUUGGACUAAGGAGUAACGUUAGGUUCCUUUUAGUCCAAUAUUUGACUACAAUCUCUCAAGCACAAGCCCACCUGCUAGUGAGUAGCCAGCUAAUCUUUAUAUUUAAAGGCUAGCCAAUUUGCUUGCUAACAAGCUAGAGCAGUUUAACUGUUAUGGAUACACCCUCCUGUCUGUCUAACUGUUUAAACCACAUAGCCUGUUCGCAUUGUGUCAGUGUUCAAAUCAAGUGGCCUAACUUGGUAAGAAGAUGCUUUUUUCUCAGAAUGAGAACGAGUUGCCAAUUCCUUGUGUAAAUAUGUAUUUUUAUGCUCAUUGCACAUUCAUCAAACACAGACUAGACAGCUAGCACAUAAGUGUGGCUAAAAUGCUGAUAGCGGUACCGCAAUGCCGUGCAUGACAAACUGAGCAUUCAUUUUCCACAAUCAUGUUCAUUGUUACUCCCAUCUUAGUAGGGUCUGCUGUGUUUUACAUGUUGGGAGUUGAGACAUAAAAAGGGUAUCGUUAUAAAGGUCAAGUUCUCCUCUAUUACAGUAAAAUAAUGUUUCUGUGUCCAUAUGACUGAUUUUGUUUGACCAAACCUGAAAUGCAAAUAGCGAGUUGAAACUGCUUGUUGUCAGAGAUGAAGAAGAUGCUCUUUCGUCGUUGUUGUGAGUUGCAGGGAGAGGGGCUUGGUGUCUGUGCGAGUGGUAAGGUGCACAGAAAUAGCGAAUGAGAUGAGACCAAAAAGUCAAACACUCAUCAUAAAUUCAACCCUAGAUUCUUGCGAUACAGGCAUUUGUAACAUCGCGCUAAAACAUAUAUUCAAAUUAAUUUGAUAUAUCGCCCAGCUCUACACGUAAACAGGAGUAAAAGUGACCAGUAGCAGGAUAAAUACUAAAGGUAAUGCCAAUCAAUAAUCAGUGGACGGUAGCGUAAUGGAGUAAUACAUCUAAUCAAUAAUAAUCUUCGCAGCAGCGUAGGUUUUCUGAGAGGGUAGAGACCGGUGGAUGGGCGUAGAGUCAGUGUGGAUAGUCUGUGGGAGAGGGAGAUCAGUAGUUGUUAGCGCUUUAACAGUCUUAUGGCCAGGGGAUAGAAGCCGUUUAGGAGUCUGUUUGUCUGAGCCUUGAUUCACCAGUACUGCCUGCCGGACGGGAGCAUAGAGAACAGUCCAUGUCUCAGGUGGCUGGAAUCGUUGGACAUUUUUUCAGACCUUUCUCAGAUACCGCCUGGCAUGUACGGCCUGAAUGGCUAGGAGCUCACCCACAGUGAUGUGCUGUGUCUGCACCGCCCUCUGUUAGGCCUUACUGUUGCGGGCGGUGCAGUUGCCAUGCCAUCUGAGGGGCCAUGCCAAAUCGUUUCAGCCUCCUGAGGUAGAAGAGGUGUUGCUUUGCCUUCCCGACUGUUCUGGUGUGAGAGGACCAUGUUAAGUCCUUAGUGACGUGGACACAGGAACUUGAAGCAGUUAACCCUCUCCACUGCGGCCCGUCGAUGUGGAUGGGGUGUGUGCACCCCCCUGUUUUCUGUAGUUCAUGAUCCUGUUGCCCUGGCACCACACUGCCAGUUCUCUGACACCCUCCCUCCAGUUGCAGGUGGAGGUGUUCAGUCUUAGGGUCCCGACAUUGGUGACGAGCUUGGAGGGCACUAUGUUGUUGCACGCUAAGCUGUAGUCGAUGAACAGCAUUCUCACGUAGUAAUUCCUCUUGUCUAGGUGGGAGAGCGCAGUGUGGAGUGCAAUUGAGAUUGCUUCAUCUAGAUCUGUUGGGGUGGUAUGCAAAUUGAGUGGGUCUGGGAUGAUGGAGGUGAUGUGUGCCAUGACCAACCUUUUUCUAAGCACUUCAUGAUUACAGAUGUUAGUGCUACAGGGCGGUAGUCAUUGUGGCAGGUAGCCUUAAGAGUUCUUGGGAACAGGAAUGAUGGUGGUCAGCUUGAGAUAAGUGGGGAUUACAGACUGGGACAAGGAGAGGUUGAAGAUGCCUGCCAGCUGGACUGCGAAUGCUCUGAGAACGUGCCCUGGAAUACCAUCUGGCCCCAUGGCUUUGGGAGUGUUAAAAACCUCAGUCAUGUCGGCCUCGGCAAGCGAGAUCACCUAGUCAUCUGGGACAGCGGGGACCCUCGUGCACGUUUCGGUGAUGUUUUUUGUCAAAGCGUGCAUAAAAUGCAUUGAGUUCGUCUGGUAGAGGGGCAUCGUUGGAUAGAUCACGGCUAGGUCUACCUUUGUAAUCCGUAAUGGACUGUAGCCCCUGCCACAUGCAUCGAGUGUCGGAACCGGUGUAGUAGGUUUACACCUUGUUCCUAUAUUGUUCACCUUGUUCCUAUAUUGACCUUUUGUGUGCGGUAGCUCUGACUUUAGUUUAGUGCGCACCUCUGUGUUAAUCCAGGGCUUUUGAUUGGGGAAGCAGCGAACCGUCACUUGAGCUUUUUGCAUUUAGGACUAAGGACCGUGUGUGUGUGUCUUGUUUUACUGCGAGGUUAAUGCAUUUCCCAGGCUAUGAGAGGCCUAAUGUGUAGGAAGAUGCUUGGCUAGCAUACAGAGUCCAGGCUAGUUGUGCCCGUUGCCCAACUAGCAGGCAAUAUUGGGUAUUUUGUGGAAAAAGGAACACCCUGCACACAUCUAAUUGUAGAUUCUUGUAGUAUUUGUGGUUCGUAGACAAAAAAGUAAUCCGUUAUGAACAGAUAUAUAUUGCCAUAUAUUCUGUAUUUUGCCAUGCAGGCGCAAUAGUCUGUUCUAUUUGGUUUUAAUCGUGUCUUUGGUUGUGAUAGGAUGAUAUGGUUUUUAUAUUGAUGAUUCUGUGUGUUCUUUUUAGGGGAAUCUGGUCUGGGGAAGUCCACCCUCAUCAAUAGCCUGUUCCUUACGGACCUCUACCCAGAGAGAGUGAUCCCUGGAGCAGCAGGUAAUGGUUAUACACACACACCAAGGCCAAACUUUCCGCUAUCAUCAAAACCGAAUUUCUUCCCGCAUAACCUAAUGGGAGUCAUUUAAAACAAAUUACGCCAAAUCCCCUCUCAUUUAGUCAGUGGCCUCGAGUAUCUCGAAAAGCACAACCUUUUCGCUCCUCUCCCCCUGGUUUUAAUUUUGACCCACAGAGAAGAUUGAGCGCACGGUUCAGAUCGAGGCGUCUACGGUUGAGAUCGAGGAGAGAGGGGUGAAGCUCCGCCUCACCGUGGUGGACACACCCGGAUAUGGCGACGCCAUCAACAGCCAGGACUGGUACGCCACUGUCCACAACCUCUUUUGUCCAACAUGGAAAUUGUUGGAAUAUAGUUGAAGUAAAAUUUUUGGGAAAUCUUUAUAGUUUUAAAAACACAUUUUCUAACAUUUAAAGGGAUAGUUCGCUUUUUAAACGUUUUAGCUUUGCAUGAGUUUCUGGACUUGGCAGACGACACCCCUGUAACUAAAAUGUCAGUUCCCAUUGCUCUACCCAUGUCAUACAGUGUUAUAUGGCUUUUCUAAUGGCCACUGCUUCUUGUUUCUCCUCCAGUUUCAGCACCAUCAUCGCCUACAUCGAUGACCAGUUUGAGCGCUACCUCCACGACGAGAGCGGUCUGAACCGACGGCACAUCGUGGACAACCGUGUUCACUGCUGCUUCUACUUCAUCUCCCCGCUGGGCCAUGGGUAUACACACAUUUUCAACAUGCACUUUUAAUUAACCUUGACUUAAUGACUUUAAAUGAGUACCCCCCCUGUGGACUUUCCAGUUAUUUUACUCGCUCUCGCUCUCCCUUUCUCUCUCAGGCUGAAGCCUCUGGAUGUACAGUUCAUGAAGGCCAUCCACAACAAAGUCAACGUGGUUCCUGUCAUCGCCAAGGCCGACACACUCACCCUGAGAGAGAGGGAGAGGCUCAAGCGCAGGGUAGGAGACAUUAUAGCUCAACCUGACUCUCAAAAGUAUACAAUAGGAGAACAUUUUAAGUAAUCUCACACAAGGGAUGUAAAUGUUGUGGUCUUCCUUUCAUAUGAUACAACUGCACCAAUGGACUGCACCGCGUGCCUGUAUUGUUAAAAAAAGAAUCCCUCUGUGGAUUUAAUAAAGUACUGUAUAUUCAAUUCAAUAGUUAAAGCGCAGCUAAAGUAAAUAGCCAAAAUGAUGUGUACAUCCUCCAUAUUCCUGUGUGUGGCUGUAGAUUCUGGAUGAGAUUGACGAGCACGGCAUCAAGAUCUACCACCUCCCCGACGCAGAGUCUGACGAGGACGAAGACUUCAAGGAGCAGACAAGGAUUCUCAAAGUAAUCCCCACCUCCUUUUCUAGAAUUGGGCCUGCCUACCUAAGGAUUCUGAACCUCAAUUGUCAUUUCCACAUAUAGUGGGGUCUGAAAUUAUUGGCACCCUUGAUUAAAAAUUUGCCAUAAUAACUGUAUAAAAUAAAUAAUUUAAAUACUGAGCUAUAUUGUAUGCUAUUGUUUUUCUCUGAAAUUAUAUUAUUUUAUACUAAUACAAUUGCUCAGAGAAAGAGGUUUUGUUUAAUAAGUAAUACUUAUUUCUCUCAAAAAGGUAGGGGUCAAAAUUAUUGACACACCUAAAAAUUCUGAUAAAUAAAGUAGUCAAAAGUGUAUUAUUUGGUCCCAUAUUCCUAGCACAUGACUACAUCAAGCUUGUGACUCUUUGCAGUUCGUUUUGGUUGUGUUUCAGAUUAUUUUGUGCCAAAUAGAAAUGAAUGAUCAGUAAUCUAUUGUGUAAUUUUGUGGUCACUUUUAUUGUAAAUAAGAAUAGAAUGUUUCUGAACACUUCUACAUUAAUGUGGAUGCUACCAUGAUUACGGAUCAUCCUGAAUGAAUGGUGAAUAAUGAUGAAUGAGAAAGUUAGAGGGUCAAAGAUCAUACCCCGAGGACAUGCUAAUCUCCCCUGUCAUCUUUAACAAGGGUGUCAAUCAUUUCGGACCCCACUGUACAUACAUUAUCUUGCCGAUCAGAAUUGACAUCGAGCAUGGUUUCUUUGAGACUUUUACUACUGUUCCUGAAAGUUACUAGCAUUGGAAGUUCCAACUAAAAAAAAACAUACAACUUUACAAAUAAGCUCAGAAUGGUAUGCAAUCACCAAAAUCACAAACAUGCUAUCUGUUUUGACCAUCAAUGUCUCCUCUCUCCUCCCUCUAGGCCAGUAUUCCCUUUGCGGUGGUGGGCUCCAACCAGCAGAUUGAGGCCAAGGGGAAGAAGGUGCGGGGUCGCCUGUAUCCCUGGGGCGUGGUGGAGGUGGAGAACCCCGAGCACAACGACUUCCUCAAGCUGCGCACCAUGCUCAUGUGAGUGGGUGGGAGAGAGAGGGCCUGCUCUGGUUUCUUCAUAUAUUCGACUUGAAUAGCAGCAUAGAAUAGCAGCUUGAGAAUCCCGAACGGAAAUAGUGGCUAAUGCCGAUUUAAUUGAGUGUUUAUGGUUGAUUUGGAUUAUAUUCUUAUAUUGAACAUGCUGAAUGCUUGUCUUCUACAAAGCUGUGUCAGUUGUAUAAUUGUAUAUGUUGUUUCAAUCCAUUAAAUGUCAGUAGUGAGCAGUGACUGUCCCGUCUCACAAACUGCUUGGUGUUUCGCUUAUGACUAUCUUGAGUUGAGCGACUGGUUUAGUGCUUGAUUGAUUGACGGAUACCUAUCCUUCUACAGCACCCACAUGCAGGACCUGCAGGAGGUGACCCAGGACCUGCACUACGAGAACUUCCGCUCAGAGCGCCUCAAACGAGGCGGCAGGUUGUCCUCCCAUGGUUACGUUCUGCCUCUGUCUCCUGCGUACGUACCUGUCUGUCUGCCUGACUUUCUAUACCCUACCUCCCCCCAAAACUUCCCAUACGCAGUAAUAUAAUAUACAACCAAAGACUCAGACAAACUUAAUGCCACGUAGACAGCUGAAUGUAACAGAGCAUGUUGAUACAAUGUUGAGACAUUUGUAACACAAGACUUGUGUGGCUUAACUUCCUUAGAAUUGAAUGACUAAGACAAUUGGUUGGUAACUAAUACAGUGUCUCAGUCAGCCAGUUCCACUUAUCUUGGGUUAAUGUCUGUCAAGAAGUGAUUAGGUGGUCGUCAGCAUUGAAAGUAAAUCUCCAUUGUGUUCAUUAAUAUUACAUUGUUGGAAAAAACGUGUUUUUAAAUAAGUUGAAAAACUAUCAUUUUGGAUGUACAUUCUACAACAAUUUGACCUUAGUAGUGGGUUUGAGUUAGGCAUGUAUAGUCCGUGGGCUAUUUUUACCUUGGUUAUUUAUUUAUUUUUGUAGUGGGCUAUGGGUUUUAAACCAGUAUAUAGUUUGGUUAUAGGUUGUAUUUGUAGUAGUAUGGGUGUCAUAUGACUCUAGGAGUGUGGACCCUUUGGAUUCUUUGAGACCUUCCUCUAUAGCCAAUCCAGGAGAAGGGAGAGAUUUUACUGCCUUCCUAUUGGCUCACCAUCAGCCCAAUGAUGGUGGUCUGGUCGGUCCAAUCCUCUGAGUGGACUGCUGGAGGUACUGUUUUCAAUGGGGGAGGUACAACUAUCCCCCCCGUCCCCUACACUUGCUGCUCUCUUCUUGCUUCUGCAGCUUGCCCUCUUUCACUUUAGCACCCAGCUUUCUACAUUUCCCCCAAUCUGUUUUUUCUCUCUCACUAAUUUCUCUCCGGCCCUUCUUUCGACUUUCUAAGUGUUGCUUUCGUCACGUCUGCUUAAAUACUAGAAAGCUAGAAACUGCACCCCCCACACACACACACACACACACACAACCACCAGACUUGGGGAUCUACCAAAACUCUCUUCCAGAGACCCCGUAUGCACAUGAGUUUUCACUCCUCCACCUUUCUGCUGAUUCUAUGAAUGACAAUGAUAUGCUUUUGAAUACUGUAUUUUCUUCUGAAUGCACAAACUAUAUAAUAACUUGAAAUGUAUGAGAUUUCCAGUGUUCAUUUAUGUGGAUAUUUAUGCCAAGUCUCCCCAAUGAUUGAGCCUUUAGCCUAAAGAGCCUAACUCAACAAACCUGUGUCCGUGUUACAGGAAGGGACCGGAGCCGGAGGAAAUGGAUAAGGACAUGAUCCUGCAGGAGAAGGAGGCUGAGGUGGGAUAGCUAAUCAUUAAUAUCCCUCUCUCACUACCUACAACUCACACUACCCUUAUACUGUAUACUUCCAUUCAAAUAUCGCAUUUAUGGGAGUAUCACACCAUCUUGAAUACCCCACUCACCGGACCUCUUAUACCCAAACUCUUACCGGUACUUGGACUGCAAUAAGUUUAUUCCAUGUGAUACAGGUGGUUGUUUUGAGGAGGGGAGAGGGUUUAGUCAAGUAGUCGGUGUUCAAAGAUUUGGUAGUAAUGUUAUGUUUAUUUUGUUCUGUGCAGCUGAGGAGAAUGCAGGAGAUGAUUACCAAGAUGCAGGCCCAGAUGCAGAUUAAGCCUGAUGGAGCGGGAGACGGCCAGCAUGUGUGAAACCCACCACGGUAAGAACAACACGUCCAUUUUGACACUAAACACAGCAAACCUAUGCUAUGAAAAGUAAAAUGUACACUGGCAUAUUGUGGACCUAUAUGGCUCAGUUGGUAAGAGUGUGCAAUGCCAAGGUGGGUUCAACACAUGUAGUAAUCAAAAUACACAUACAAAUAUAUUUGAACUCGCUCUACGGUAAGUCUCUUUGGAUAAAAGUGUAUGCUAGGUGGUAUAUAUUUUGUAUUACUAUACUGAACAAAAAUAUAAACGCAACAUGCAACAAUUUCAAAGAUUUUACUGAGUUACAGUACAUAUAAGGAAAUAAUUUAAAUCAAUUAAUUAGGCCCUAAUCUAUGGAUUUCACAUGAUUGGGAAUACAGUUAUGUAACUGUUGGUCACAGAUACCCAAACAUGCUCAAUUGGUGACAUGUCUGGUGAGUAUGCAGGCCAUGGAAGAAUUGGGACAUUUUCAGCUUCCAGGAAUUGUGUACAGAUCCUUGCGACAUGGGGCUGUGCAUUAUGCUGAAACAUGAGGUGAUGGGGGCGGAUGAAUGGCACGACAAUGGGCCUCAGGAUCUCGUCACAGUAUCUCUGUGCAUUCAAAUUGCCAUCGAUAAAAUGCAAUUGUGUUCGUAGUCCAUAGCUUAUGCCUGCCCAUACUGUAACCCCAUUGCCACCAUGGGGCACUCUGUUCACAACGUUGACAUCCGCAAACCGCUCGCCCACAAUGCCAUACACGUGGUGUGCGGUUGUGAGGCCGGUUGGACAUACUGCCAAAUUCUCUAAAACGACAUUGGAAGCAGGUUAUGGUAGAGCAAUGAACAUUACAUUCUCUGGCAACAGCUCUGGUGGACAUUCUUGCAGUCAGCAUGCCAAUUGCAUGCUCCCUCAAAACUUGAGACAUCUGUGGCAUCGUGUUGUCACAAAACUGCACAGAUUGCAGUUUAUUGGGGGUGGGCUGGGGUGGUCCAAAGUAGGGGAGGGUUAACAAACAUUAUUUUUUCUUUGGGGAGGGUUGUGUUAUUUAUUUUUUGGGCAGAUGAGAGGGUAUUUUUUUUUUUCUGGUUAACAUUCGCUCUUGCGUGUUUUACUAGACUGAACAAAAAUAUAAACGCAACAUGCAUCAAUUUCAAAGAUUUUACUGAGUUACUGUUCAUAGAAGGAAAUCAGUCAAUUGAAAUAAAUUAAUUAGGCCCUAAUCUAUGGAUUUCACAUGACUGGGCAGGGGCGUAGCCAUGGGUGGGCCUAGGAGGGCAUAGGCCCACCCACUUGGUAGCCAGGCCCACCCACUGGGGAGCCAGGCCCAGCCAAUCAGAAUUGGUUUUCCCCACAAAAUACACUGCUCAAAAAAAUAAAGGGAACACUUAAACCACACAAUGUAACUCCAAGUCAAUCACACUUCUGUGAAAUCAAACUGUCCACUUAGGAAGCAACACUGAUUGACAAUACAUUUCACAUGCUGUUGUGCAAAUGGAAUAGACAACAGGUGGAAAUUAUAGGCAAUUAGCAAGACACACCCAAUAAAGGACUGGUUUUGCAGGUGGUGACCACAGACCACUUCUCAGUUCCUAUGCUUCCUGGCUGAUGUUUUGGUCACUUUUGAAUGCUGGCGGUGCUUUCACUCUAGUGGUAACAUGAGACGGAGUCUACAACCCACACAAGUGGCUCAGGUAGUGCAGCUCAUCCAGGAUGGCACAUCAAUGCGAGCUGUGGCAAGAAGGUUUGCUGUGUCUGUCAGUGUAGUGUCCAGAGCAUGGAGGCGCUACCAGGAGACAGGCCAGUACAUCAGGAGACGUGGAGGAGUCCGUAGGAGGGCAACAACCCAGCAGCAGGACUGCUACCUCCGCCUUUGUGCAAGGAGGAGCAGGAGGAGCACUGCCAGAGCCCUGCAUAAUGACCUCCAAAAGGCCACAAAUGUGCAUGUGUCUGCUCAAACAGUCAGAAACAGACUCCAUGAGGGUGGUAUGAGGGCCCGACGUCCACAGGUGGGGGUUGUGCUUACAGCUCAACACCGUGCAGGACGUUUGGCAUUUGCCAGAGAACACCAAGAUUGGCAAAUUCGCCACUGGCGCCCUGUGCUCUUCACAGAUGAAAGCAGGUUCACACUGAGCACAUGUGACAGACGUGACAGAGUCUGGAGACGCCGUGGAGAACGUUCUGCUGCCUGCAACAUCCUCCAGCAUGACCGGUUUGGCGGUGGGUCAGUCAUGGUGUGGGGUGGCAUUUCUUUGGGGGGCUGCACAGCCCUCCAUGUGCUCGCCAGAGGUAGCCUGACUGCCAUUAGGUACCGAGAUGAGAUCCUCAGACCCCUUGUGAGACCAUAUGCUGGUGCGGUUGGCCCUGGAUUCCUCCUAAUGCAAGACAAUGCUAGACCUCAUGUGGCUGGAGUGUGUCAGCAGUUCCUGCUGGAGUGUGUCAGCAGUUCCUGCAAGAGGAAGGCAUUGAUGCUAUGGACUGGCCCGCCCGUUCCCCAGACCUGAAUCCAAUUGAGCACAUCUGGGACAUCAUGUCUCGCUCCAUCCACCAACGCCACGUUGCACCACAGACUGUCCAGGAGUUGGAGGAUGCUUUAGUCCAGGUCUGGGAGGAGAUCCCUCAGGAGACCAUCCGCCACCUCAUCAGGAGCAUGCCCAGGCGUUGUAGGGAGGUCAUACAGGCACGUGGAGGCCACACACACUACUGAGCCUCAUUUUGACUUGUUUUAAGGACAUUACAUCAAAGUUGGAUCAGUCUGUAGUGUGGUUUUCCACUUUAAUUUUGAGGGUGACUCCAAAUCCAGACCUCCAUGGGUUGAUAAAUUUGAUUUCCAUUGAUAAUUUUUGUGUGAUUUUGUUGUCAGCACAUUCAACUAUGUAAAGAAAAAAGUAUUUAAUAAGAUUAUUUCAUUCAUUCAGAUCUAGGAUGUGUUAUUUUAGUGUUCCCUUUAUUUUUUUGAGCAGUGUACCUUUAUUACCGAUAGAAAUGCUCCUCAGAAGAUCACGCAGGUGACGAAGCCAGAUGUGGAGGUCCUGGGCUGGCAUGAUUACACGUGGUCUGCGGUUGUGAGGCCGGUUGGACAUACUGCCAAAUUCUCUAAAACGACGUUAGAGAAAUUAACAUUAAAUUAUCUGGCAACAGCUCUAUUGGACAUUCCUGCAGUCAACAUGCCAAUUGCACUCUCCCUCAACUUGAGGUGUCAGGUGGAUGGAUUAUCUUGGCAAAGGAGAAAUGCUCACUAACAAGGAUUUAAACAAAUUUGUGCACAUAAUUUAAGAGAAAUUAGCUUUUUGUGCAUAUGGAAAAUGUCUGGGAUCUUUUAUUUCAGCUCUUGAAACAUGGGACCAACACUGUUUAGUAUAUAUCAGAUGUACUCAAUCAGAAUUAUUGGUCCCUUUUAGUCUUUGAGUGUUCAUAUAAAUCCAACAUUAGGAAGUACAAGUCCUUAUGUAUCACUUUUGUAUUUCCCUACAGGUUUUCAAGCUGUUAUUUGAGCUUGACCAGAGAUGGAUGGAGGGAUUGCAGGAGAGAAGGGUGCGAAAACAAGAGAAAGAUAACUGGUCCUCAUACUGCUUGCCACUAUAUUUAGUUUAUUUCACUCCUACUUGGGAUGAUUUUGAGUUUUCUUUUAUUUUUUCUUUAUUUUUAUAUAAGCAGUAUUACAUUUUUAUAUUUACACACAUUUUCUUUCUAAUAUUCCAUAUUGCUCAUUAUUCAUUUGUUCCAUUCUAUUGGAAUGGACCAUGCCAGUUAGUCACCAAAUGAAGAAGAACUCCUUUAACCAGGGGAAUGCUUUUAUUAUAGAGACAUAGUUUUUUUUUUUUGCUGUUGAGAAAGCCAAAAGCUGCUGCUUUUCAGUACUGUCAUAGCCAAGGCUUUCCACUCGGCCUCUGCUAAAAUCGCUCAUUAACGGUCGAUCAUGUUAGUUACUGUGGCUCCGCGUUACGAGUGGGAAAGACCAACUUAUUGUGAAAGUUAGCAGCUCUCUUCUGUCUUUCGUGGAGCCAUACAGUUAAAACUGUAUUUUUUUUUUCUCUAAUGGUUGUCAUGCCAAUGUUGGAUGAUUCUUUAAAGAUUGUGUAUUGUUUAAAGAUAUUGUUUAAACAGUCUUUGAAAAGCAGCAAAAAUAUGUUUCCGUAUAUUGCUAGGAUUCAUUUACCGUGUUCUUUCUCCUACUCCCUUGCACACAGCUCUUUCCCCUGUCUGAAGUGGUGUUGUGUUGAAACGACUGGUUAUCACUGAAAUACAUGACACUGUGACCUUCCCAGUCAUCCUGUAGCCCUGAACCAAUGAAGGAGACAUACCUUGGUGUUUUUUACUGUAUGUGCCUAUAUGAAUACUGGACCUGUAAAGUGUCUCAGAGUAGGAGUGCUGAUCUAGGAUCAGCUUAGCCUUUUAGAUCAUAAUGAAUGUGGUUAUAUAGACUGGGGACCU